GCGACGAACAACUAGGUGCUGUUCCUUUAAUCGUCGCGUGUGCUGGUCCUACUUUACAGUUGAGCGAUGUGAGUUGCAAAAGCGAAACUAGUUUUUUAUGGUUGCCUCUACUUCUGUCACAAACUUCAGUCAGCAACAAGUACUGUUUCUUUAUUUUUACUCUAUUCUCUAGCAUUAACCAGUGUAGACGUUCAGAUAUAUCUUCAAUUUUUUGAUAAUGUAAACAGUUGUUCAAAGUUUCCAAAAAAAAAAAAAGAACACUCGGAUGAUUUCCAACGAUGAAGUGUAAAGCUUUCCUAAAAUUUAGAAAACGCACUUGGCUUCAGGAGCAGUAUCAUAAGACGCUGAAAACUUAUUUAAUCUGCUGAUGUGGCAAAAUAACAUUGUAAUUAUAUUGUUGAAGAACCGCUAAUUAUUCGACUUCGCCUAUAAUGUUCUAAACGUCAUAAAGGUCACUUGUCUGGAAGAACAAAAGAAAAAGCUGGUUUAAAAGCUUAGAAUUUUCCCAGUUUGCAGUUAUCUGGUCCAAUCAUUGCACGUGAGAACGCUUCUUAGUAGACACCUGUAACUAGAUGACUGAAGAACAACAGAACAAUGAAGAUGAAACCAGCGAUCCAAUCGUACCCUUGAACCAAAACUAUAAGCUUCACGAUUGGUGCCCUAUGGGGGCAGUAUUUUCUGUUGUUUCUUUAUACCAGCGACUGUUGCGGUAUUUUCGUCGAGCCUGGGCCGGGAAUACUCAAAAUCCUGUAGAGGACUUGGAAAUGACUGUAAUACGUUGUAAACCAGAUGGAAUUGACGUUCUUUGUCGGACGACAAAAUUUUCUAAAAAAGAGCUUAAACUAAUGUACCAAGGAUUCAAACAGGCUUGCCCAACGGGGAUUGUCAAUGAAAGCACUUUUAAAGAUAUAUACGCCCAGUUCUUUCCGCAAGGAGAAACUGGUCCCUAUGCUCACUACGUCUUCAAAGCGUUUGAUCGAGAUCAAAAUGGAACAAUAAGUUUUCAGGAUUUUGUCGUAGGAUUGUCUGCCUUAACUCGAGGUUCAACUUUAGAAAAACUGCAAUGGACUUUUAACCUUUAUGAUAUCAACGGUGAUGGUUGCAUCAGCAGGGAGGAAAUGUCUGAAAUCAUCAUGGCUGUUUAUAGCCUCAUGGGACAAUUUGCUGAGCCCUCUGUUGACGAAACGUCCGCACGAGAGCAUUCCGAGAGAGUCUUUCAGCGAUUGGACAAAAAUAAAGAUGGCGUGGUUACUUUUGAUGAGUUUAUGGACACCUGUCUGAAGGACGAAGAUAUGAUGAAGUCUCUUAACUUAUUGGACACAAUCCUAUGACCAGCGAAAACGAGAUCAAAAA